GACCGGUUAGCACAUUGCAGUUGAACCACGAGUGCGUUUUCCUUUCAAAGGAGUUAGUCUUCUUGUCGAUUAGAAAGUCUUUUGUCUGCCUCAAAAUUUCUCGGAAAAUGUCUGCAACUGUGGAUGGAUCUCAAGUUCAACCAGUAGCAACAUUUAAACUUGUUCUCGUUGGCGAUGGUGGUACUGGGAAAACAACGUUUGUUAAACGCCAUUUGACGGGAGAAUUCGAGAAGAAAUAUGUUGCAACACUAGGAGUUGAGGUACAUCCACUUGUAUUCUAUACAAACAGAGGGCCUAUCCGCUUUAACGUGUGGGACACAGCUGGUCAGGAGAAGUUUGGUGGCCUUCGUGAUGGCUACUACAUUCAGGGUCAGUGUGCCAUUAUCAUGUUUGAUGUCACCUCAAGAGUGACGUACAAGAAUGUACCCAACUGGCACAGGGAUCUUGUUAGGGUGUGUGAAAACAUCCCUAUUGUUCUUUGUGGAAACAAGGUUGACAUCAAAGAUCGUAAAGUCAAGGCCAAAACAAUUACAUUCCACAGAAAGAAGAAUUUGCAGUACUAUGACAUCAGUGCUAAAAGUAAUUACAACUUUGAGAAGCCAUUUUUGUGGUUAGCACGGAAACUAGUAGGUGAUGCAAACCUGGAGUUUGUCGAGAUGCCUGCUCUUGAACCACCAGAGGUUGAAGUUGACCGACAGCUUAUGCAGCACUAUGAGAAGGAACUCAGUGAUGCCCAACAAGUAGCUCUUCCAGAUGAUGAUGAUAAUGACAUUUAAUCUUUUGGAGCGAGAGACUUUUCUUGUUUCAAUGUCAGUCUCAUUUAGUGAAGUUGUUCUAUACCUUGUAAAUUUUCCAGCUUUUGUUACUAGAUUCAGAGUGAAUUUUAGAAAAUAGAGCUACUAAGUACAAUAAAUAGAGAAGGUUGAAGAUGCUAUGUUAGUAGACAAACAUAUAAGCUUUCUGUGGUCAGUUUAGUAAAAGCAUAUUUGAAGGGUUGCUGUUGUAAGGCAUGAUAACUUGGGGGCAGUAAAUUGUUUUGACCCAUACACCCAUUUCUCCCGAUCAUAAACUUGAAACUGCUCAUAACUGAAUUAAGAGCAACUCUAAAUACAGUAAAUUUGAAGGAUCCAUAAGCAGAAUCAAAAUUUAAUACUUAGCUUUCCUUUUCUUUUAUGGAUAAGAGCAUGUUAGUUUUUCAGUGUAGAUUUCUGUCUUGUUCAUCUUUGCAGUCUCAUUAGUUUACAACUUUGAUUAAUAGAAAACGUCCAAAAGGAGCUGUACUGUUUUGCUGCAGCUGUUCAUUUACUCUAAUUUGUUUUUUUCUUGCCAACAAAAACAAAACUACAUUAAUUGAGUGUAAAUUAAUAUAUUGGUGAGUAUUUAGUAUGACGAAGCAUCAUAUUUUAGAAUCCAAAAAGUACACAAAUUACAUGGAGAAAACCAGGCUUCGAAAGAACCCUGCUAUCACACUAGUUAUUUAUCAAGCUCCAAAGUAUUUUCAGGACUUUUUCACAAAUGUGCGUUUAUAAUAUAUAUACUGGUAUAGAUGACUUUCAGCUGAUGUCAAUGCACAGAGAUUGUUGCUGUUACAACUGUAAUAUGUAUUCAGCAGGUCAUGAUACGCUGAUACUUGACAGAGAAAGUAAACUUUGCUUAUUGUA